CACGAUUCCCCACUUGGAUCAUGCAGGAAGAAGGUUUCGAAUUGGAACACUGGAAAAUCGAAAAGUUGUCGUUGUCAUGUCCGGACUCAGCAUGCUGAAUUCAGGAGUAGCAACACAGCUGCUGCUAAGUGUAUUCAGGAUCCAUGGAGUACUUCAUUUGGGAUCAGCGGGAGGUGCAAAUCCUGAAAUUCAAAUAGGAGAUGUUACAAUCCCAGAGUAUUGGGCUCAUACUGGCCUCUGGAAUUGGCAGAGGUUUGGAGAUGGACCCGAAGAUGAACUUGCAUUUGAAUCCAAUGGAGACUACACUAGAAAAUACGGUUAUCUGAGGUUUGCCGAUUAUCAAGUUCGCAAAGAAGGUGAGAAAUCUUCAGACAAUUAUCUCAACAGAGUGUGGUAUCAACCUGAAGAGAUAUUUUACGCUGAUGGAGAACCUGAGAUUAGAGAGCAUGCCUUUUGGAUUCCUAUUGCCAGACGCUACUUUUCACUUGCAAAGAAGCUUGAGGGUAUUGUUCUCGAAAGGUGUGUCAAUUCUAGUUUGUGUUUACCUCAACCUCCAAAGGUAGUUAGAGUGCGAAGAGGCGUGAGUGCU